CGCUCAGUGCUGGUCGCUCACACACUUUUAUUUCGAAGUUUUUGGCUUUUUCGACGUUUCGAAACUUAUGAGAUUACUUUUCGAAAGUUAUUUUUGUUAUCGUUUUUGUAUUGCAUAAUUAAGAACCAGUGUUAUGUCCUGGACCAGUGAUGAUUUGAUUGAUUGAAACAGUUGAAAGUUGAAAGUUGAACGUUUUACUUUUAUCUCUGGAAAGGCAUACUCAUAAGUCACAUUGCUACCGUUUUUGUUGGUUCGGAUGGAUUUCCAAGAUGUGGGUGGUAAACUGCAUUUGUAUUCAGUUCUUCGCUGGAAAACGGAGGAAGCUUCCGGAGUUAUACGGCAGCUUCUUGUGGCGAAACAGCGCUCCAUCGAAAAGAAUCCAUUAAUACCAGAAGAGCGAACUGCUGUCCUGUUGAACAUUCCUCCGUACUUAGAUAAGGAGACGCUUAGCGCUGCGUUUGCCAAAUUUGGUGGGGUGGAGGACAUUUUCUUCCUAAAACGGUUGUCGGUGGGCAGCGUGGUUAAAUAUGAAUCUGACUCGUUUUUCCAAACUACUGGCACAGCGAUUAGUUCCUACAAAACCGCCUACGUUCUAUUCCGGAGUGGAAAAUCUGUGAAAAAGUUGAUUGCCUUCUGUAGCAGCGAAAAUGAUCCGUUGGUUUUAUCUACGGAGGAUGCUCCCAUUCAGUCUGGGCUUUCAACUUGGAUCAGGGAACACAGACAACCCUUACCCAGCGUUGUCGAUAUGAGAAAAGAAAUUGACGUAUAUAUGGACAAAUAUGACGCCAGAGUAGAACGGGAAAAACUGCACGCCAAAGCCAACGAAGGCGUCGCCGAUGAAGAGGGAUGGGUUACGGUUACCCGCGUUGGAAAGAAACGCGGCGUUCGCCAGGUGGACGUUAUGAACGAAACAACACGGACUGCAGCCAAAAAGAAAGCUUCCGAAAAGGAGCUUUUGAAUUUUUACAAAUUCCAAAAAGGCGAAGGAAAAGUUAAACAGUUGACUGAAUUAAGGAGAAAAUUUGAAGAGGACAAGCAGAAAAUCGCACAAAUGAAAGCAAUGCGGAAGUUCAAGCCUUACUGACUGAUGUCAUAAAUUUGUGUAAUGAACUUUCGGAAUUCCGACUGCUGAGUUGCUUGGUUGUAUAUCUCACUUUUUUUGGAAGUUUGGCCAAUGUCUUUGUUUGUUAGAAAUUUGUUAACCCUUUCAUCGGAAAAAAAUAAAGUUGUUAAUUAUUACUUUGUCUGGGUGUUUCUUUGGCCUUGUUAAAUUGCAAACGGCGAAGUGGAAAAAGAAUUGGUUUUAA